GCAGCCGCGGAGCCAGUCAGCCAGUACUCCAGUAGCCACGACCAAGCAGCAGCAGCGCAGCACCUGCGAGCACACAGCUUCGGCCCCUUCUCAGCGCGCGAGCGUUGCCUCUGUGUGUUCGUGAGCAGGCGCGGCGGCACGGAUGGCGCGGUCCAUGCUCAUGUCGACCAGCGUCAGCGGCGGCCGCGCGCUGCCGUCGCUGCAGGCCGGCCGGCCGGCGCCGUACCUGCGGCUCGCGCUGCCGUCAGCGUACAGGCACUCCAGGUCCGUCUCCGUGAAGACCCUGGCCCUCUUCGGCAAGUCCAAGGCCGCAAAGGCCCCGGCGAAGAAGGCUCCUGCGCCCAAGCCGAAGGUUGAGGACGGUAUCUUCGGCACGUCCGGCGGGAUCGGUUUCACCAAGGAGAACGAGCUGUUCGUCGGCCGUGUCGCCAUGCUUGGCUUUGCCGCGUCCCUACUCGGAGAGGCCAUCACCGGGAAGGGCAUCCUUGCCCAGCUGAACCUGGAGACGGGCAUCCCCAUCUACGAGGCGGAGCCCCUCCUCCUCUUCUUCAUCCUCUUCACCCUCCUCGGCGCCAUCGGCGCUCUCGGAGACCGCGGCACCUUCGUCGACGACGUCACCGGCCUCGACAAGGCCGUCAUCCCGCCCGGCAAGGGCUUCCGUGGCGCCCUCGGCCUCAGCGAGGGAGGGCCGCUGUUCGGGUUCACCAAGUCGAACGAGCUGUUCGUGGGGCGGCUGGCGCAGCUGGGCGUGGCCUUCUCCAUCAUCGGCGAGAUCAUCACGGGGAAGGGCGCGCUGGCGCAGCUCAACAUCGAGACGGGCGUGCCCAUCAACGAGAUCGAGCCGCUCGUGCUCUUCAACGUCCUCUUCUUCUUCAUCGCCGCCAUCAACCCCGGCACCGGCAAGUUCAUCAUCGGCGAGGACGAGGAGUAGAGAGACCGAGGGAAAUGAUGCGCUUGGUUAUUCGUGGUUGAUCGAUCAGCGCGUCUCUGUGCGUGUGCGUGCUUUGCUGUGUAUUGCGCGUGAGGUCUUGGAGGUUAGGGUGUUGCGUUGGGUUGUCUUGUAAAAACAAGAGCUUAGCAUCCAACGGUUAUCUUAGAGUAAGAUCUUGUUUAGUUCCGUUUCAGAAAGAUUGAAGACGAAGAGACCUGUACAAGCUCCGGUCCAACGUGAACGAAUUGAACAUAAUAAUAGCAUCGGUACAAAUCA